UGAACAUGGAAGUACGCAUAAUGAUUCGUUUGCUUUUAGAAUAUUGAAAAAUAAUCAACAAAAGAAUUUAAAAAAAGCACAGAAAAAAAGAGUCGCACCAGUCACCAGUGCAUCAGCCGGGUGGUCGGAGGAUACAGCUAGCUUCGUUUCUAAUUAAUAUUGUUUUACUCACUUUCGUGUAACGAUCAAAAAUGUCGAACAACGGCAGGAAGCGCGCCGCUAAUGCCGGCGGGCGGCCCGCGAAGAUUCGAAAACCGAAGGCCCUGAGCGAAGACGAAGACAGCAACGACUCGUUUUUGUCCGAACAACCCAGGGAGGUGGCUAGAACCCCCUCGCCGAUAGCGGACGAGCCAGGAGUCAAGCUACCCGAGGAGCUGUUGAAGACGUUUUACAAGACGCCAGGAGUGCUGAUGAUCGCGGGGCUGGUGUCUUGGGACCUGGUUGCCAAGCGGGAGAACAACCCCACCAAACGAACCCAUCCCAACCUCUACACCUUCCACAAGUUCACAGACCGACGGUACCGACUGAUCGUGAGUGGUUGCAGCGCUGGGCACUCUGUGCUCGUAUCGGAGGAAGGAGAAGCUUACACAUUUGGUCGCAAUACGUGCGGGCAGCUUGGUUUCGGCGACACGACUACCCGCAACGUGCCAGAGCUAGUUCCAGCUCUCAAAGGGCGCAAUAUUAUUCAUGCUGCCGUUGGGCGAAACCACACGCUAUUCGUUACCGACACUGGUGCCGUGUUUGCUUGCGGCGAUAACAAGAGCGGUCAAUGCGGCCUGGGCAAUACCACACCGCAAGUGCUCAAGCCAACGCGAAUCCGAUACAAUGGUGCUCCCAUAGUGAAAGUGGGUUGCGGCGCAGAAUUUUCCAUGAUUCUGGACUGCAACGGUGCCUUGCACUCAUUCGGUCUACCAGAGUAUGGACAGUUAGGCCACAACACGGACGGCAAAUAUUUCGUUACUUCAACAAAGCUCUCGUACCACUUCGAGACUGUGCCCAAGCAUGUGGCUUUGUUCUUCGAGAAGUCCAAGGAGGGUCACGUGACGCCCGUCAAAGACGUAGACAUUGUGGACUUCUCCUGUGGGAACAAUCAUACGGUGGCGAUAGACUCUAAGAAGCGGGCGUACAGCUGGGGCUUCGGCGGGUUCGGUCGCCUCGGGCACGCGGAGCAGCGCGACGAGAGCGUGCCGCGCCUCAUCAAGUACUUCGACUCUGCGGCGCGCGGCGUGCGCUCCGUGCACUGCGGGGCCACCUACAGCCUGGCCGUCAACGAGCACGGCGCCUUAUUUCUAUUCGGGCAGACGAAGAGGACCGGCGAAGCUAACAUGUAUCCAAAACCAGUGCAAGAUCUCACCGGUUGGAACAUCCGCAGCAUAGGUACAAGCAACACGUCGAUAGUGAUCUCAGCCGACGACUCACUCAUCGCGUGGGGAGUUUCCCCUACAUAUGGGGAGCUGGGCACAGGUGAGAUCAACAAGUCGACUGCCCGCCCCAAGGAGGUGACCCGAAUGGAAGGCGUGAACGUCACCCAGGUCGCUAUGGGAUAUUCCCACACGUUGCUACUGUGCGACGACACCACCGAGCCGGUCAAGCAGAAACUGGCCACUCUACCCACCUUCAAUCCAUAGAGACGCCCGCACGUACCAUUGCUUCUAACAACCAACGUUUACCUCUACGAAAACUAUUCACGGACCUCGUAUUUAAAUAACUAAUAAUGACCUCUUGAUCGAAUUUUCAGACCGGUGCGUGGUAUUGUAUUUUAAGGCGAAAUUUGCGUGCUCAAUAUCUAGAAAGUGGCAGGGAGUUCUGUGAAUUAUAGCGAUCUAUUGCACGUGAAUAUCGCCUCAAAGUGGCAGGCUAGUUCUACUUUGACUUUAAAUUUGUAGACUCCUAGAGAGUCUUACCCUACUGCGUAACAUCAUUUUAAUGUUGUAACGCCGGUUACGCUACGAUUUAAAAUAAUUACAGAAAUUGUGACAAGUCUAUUUGCUUGAGACAUAAAUGAGUAGCUGGAGAUCAGAACAGAAAUGUCAAAUAUUGUCACUCAUAAUAACUCAUUUAAAUUAAUUGUUGUUUAAGAUCAAUCUUCAUAUCUACUGGUACACACAUAAAAAACUUUAUAUCAAGAUAACUUCUAAGGUACAUAAAAACUGAAGGGAAAAUUUAACCUGUAUCUCAGAUAUUGAAAUUAAUCAAUAUUUCAUUUUAGUUAUAUUGAUAAUUAUCAAUUUAACUAAACUAAAAUAAAAAUUGAAUCUUAUACCUGUUAACUCUCUUAUAGGAUAGAAAACAAACAGUAUGAUAUGGACAUCAUCCAGAAAAUACUGAUACUUUUGGUUUGUCAAUUAUUCGUCCAGUGUAAAAAUACUAUCACAGCAUACUACACACCUACUUAACAGUGAAAAUAUUAUUUAGAUUUAAACCUUUGUACUAAGUAUCUUUCGUAAUUAAUUGAUUAAUUUAUCUUAAUUAAUUUGUUUGUAUUGUAUAUGUAACAGAAAUAUUUCUCAGGACCAUGUACUUAUAGCAUAUAUAGCAGCAAUCAUGCUGCUUUAGGUUUUCGGUGCACAUUCUCCAAUAGAUUAAUGGGAUACAGUUUUGUUGAUAUAUAGUUCGUAUAUCAACAUUAUUCAUGUUGCCACCACAGUUUGUGACCAAUACUGUAAAUGUCUUGCACCUUGAUGAAAACUGAAAUAAUGCUUUAAACAAAGUUUAAUAAAGUCAUUUUAAUUAAUUACAUUUUGCAUAAAAUUUUUCAUCAAUAUUUUGAACCACCAGGAUUUUAUUCACUUUUAUUAGAAACUUUUUUACUUAUUAUUGCGUGUAUCCAUGUGUAUGGAAACUAAUAGUUUUUUUUAUUAGAAUCGACACGAUUCUGGCAUGAUUCUUAAAACCUAAACUUAAAUGAGACAACAGUGUAUUCUUGUCAUUCUCUAUAUGGAGUGAAAAGGCAAGACUGAUGUUAAAUUUAGUUUUAAGUUUGGAGAAUCAUCUCUGAAUCG